AUGUCAAAGCAGCUCAGUCGCAACAACGAAAGAUCAAGCGAAAACACAAGCGAAAGCAAUUCAAUCACUGUCGACAGUGAUGAAUGGGAAGAAGUCCCAGUCAAGAAAGACAACAAGUCAGACUCGGAAUCGGAAUCGGAAUCAUUCAUUGCAACUCAGUUGACGUACAGCCAACAGGAAAGAAAAGACGAGAAGAAGAAACACAACAAGGAAAUUACAGAGAAAAAGCCAAAAUAUGACAAUGAAAACGAAACAAUCGUUCUCCUACGAAGAAGAAGACUAGUUAUCCUCAAAAGUGUUGAACAACUGGCAAAAUCACUCAAGUCUGUUAGAAAUGAUAUCACCAGUUUCUCCGAACUGUUGGAUUCCAUCAAUCUUUAA